AGGACUGAUAUCCAGAAUUCCAGUGGCCCUCAGGGGCAACAACGGUACAAGAACUGGAACCCCCCGUUACUAGGCAACCUCCCUGAUGACUUCCUCCGCAUCCUGCCCCAGCAAAUGGACAAGGUACAGAGUUCCCAAAGCUGCCACCAGACUGUCCCCAGCCAGGAAAGCCACGAACUUCAAGGCUCGUUAGACCAGGAGAGGAAGUGGAAACAGUACCUGGAAGACGAGCGGAUCGCCCUUUUCCUGCAGAACGAAGAGUUCAUGAAGGAGCUGCAGAGGAAUCGGGAUUUCCUCCUUGCUCUUGAGAGAGAUCGAUUGAAAUAUGAGUCCAAGAAAUCCAAGAUGAGCAGUGUUGUCCUCAGUAACGAUUCCAGCUUCCCCUCUGCUGUAGCAGGUAAUGCCACGUGGGCCUAUUUCUCUGUUGCCAGCACUGUUGAGGAAUCGUGAUUCUUGCACUCACUCUGGGCAUCGCUGAUAGCGUGGUCGCCUCACUGCGGAAUUUCACUUUUACGGCCUUUUGCUAGAAUCAGAAGUUGCAAAGCCGGAAAAAAAAUGUUCCGGCCACGUCACCUGAUGCAUGCAUGUGUCACGGUUGCACACAGGAAAGGGAUAGACACUUUUGUGCCUUGGUGUGCCUGAGCUCACCCGCUGAACGGUUCAUGUAAAUGCACGCACACUGUGCAGCCAUGUAGCAGUCCACCUGAUUAUGGCUGUGGUCCCUUUUCAGAGUCUGUCUGUCUGGACUAACUAUGUGCAGGCCUCUCAACUGUGAUCCCACGUGUCAGGCGACUUCUUUUUUUCCAUCUCAGGACACUAAUGGGGCCAGCUGUGGGCAGGCGGGCGGACGGACGGACAGAUAGAUAUGGGUAAUUUAAUUUAUAUAUCACCCUCUCCCGAAAGGCUGGGGGCGGUGUAUGAUACAACAAUGAAGUAGACAAUACAACAUCAAUAUACAACAAUGAAGUAUGAUACAACAAUGAAGUAUGAUACAACAUCAAUAAACAUAACCACAACAAUAAUCAUAAUAUCAAACAGCAACAACAAUAAAACAAUAUUUCAAAUGUCAAAAC